AUGAUGAGUGCCGACUCGAACCUGAUGCAAGAUGAAGAGUCAAACGAAACGGCGUUCACAAGGAAAUACCGGGAGUUAGAAAAAGCUUAUCAAUACCAACUGGAUAGAUUGACUCCCUAUACUACCUACAGAUGGCUGUCUACCACUGGACUUAUCGUCGUCUUCAUGCUCAGGAUCCUUUUGUCUCAAGGAUGGUACAUCGUCACAUAUGCUCUGGGGAUCUAUCUUUUGAACUUGUUCCUAUCGUUUCUACAGCCGAAAUUUGACCCGUCAAUCGAGCAAGAUGCGGCCGAGAAUGAGGUUGAGGAAGGAGGGCCUGGAAGCACGAGCGGUCUACUGGGAGGACAGACAAUGGACGGCGAUGAGUUCAAGCCGUUUAUCCGACGCUUGCCGGAGUUCAAAUUCUGGCAUUCGGCCACCAGAGCGACGAUCUUUUCCUUGUUCGCUACCUGCUUCGAAUUCACAGAUGUCCCUGUCUUUUGGCCCAUCCUUCUGGUCUACUUCCUAGUCCUGUUUUCGAUCACCAUGCGGCGUCAGAUCGCACACAUGAGGAGAUACAAAUACGUCCCCUGGGAUUAUAUGCGGAAGGCCCGAUACACUGGCUCGAAAUAA